AAAAAUUGUUUUCACACUCGACUUCUCUUCUUUUUUCUUCAUUUUCAAAAAUAUAUUUUUUUUAUUGCAUUUUUUCUUCAAUUCGGGAUAAAACUAUUUUUCCAAACUAAAAAUAGUUGUGCAAAAAAUACGAAAAUAGAAAAAAAUUCUCCAUAUUAUGUAAAACAGACUGUAAAUUUAUAUUAAAUUGCAACAAAAAGAAAAAAAAAACAAGACAAAAAAAACACAAAUGAAUGCUCGAACAAGAAAAGCAACAGAUUCCUCUUCUUCUUCGGCUUCAACACAAGCAGCAGAAGAAGCAAGCAAAAUGUUGGAAGCAGCUUUGCAACAGAUGGAUGGUAUUAUUUCUGGAACCAAUUUAAAUCAUGUUGUCGGUGCGAAUUCAUCAAAUUCCGAAAGAAAUCUUAUUUCUGCUGCAAAUGUUUUGUCCACAGCAAAGACAUUAGCUUUAGCAUUGCAACAAGUCGGCUGUAACGCCCCCUCACCAGAUCCCGUCACAUCCGCAGUUAUAAUUGAUUGGCUCGAGACACACCUUCCGCGUCAAGACACGGAUGAGCGCCUGCGACGACUGCAACGCGAUAAAGAAGCCCUCGCCGUGCAAUAUCAGACAAUGACGGACAAAGUUGCAGAACAGGGUGAUCGGAUAUUGGAAUUGGAGCGGCAAUUAGUCGAGAAAGCACAGCAGUUGAGUGUAGCUGAAGAACGUUUGCAAAGACAAGUUCUAUCACAAUCUGCUUUGGAAACGCAAAAGCUUGAGCUUAUGACUGCUUUGAGCGAAUUGAAGCUACACCGUGCUGCCUUGGAGAGAGAAAACGUUGAAUUGAAGAGUAAUUCGAGUAGUUCGAGCAGUGCUGGUGGUGGAAGUGGAGGAAUAUCAAAGAGACAGCCUUUUGGAAGCAUGGGAAAUCUGCAACAAGCCGGUCAGUCCUUGCAGGGAACUCCAAAGACACCGCCCGCUACAAAGCGAUAUCAGGUGCAUCCACAAUUCCACAGUCUACCCCGAACGCAUGCCAAGAAUCAGGUACCACUGAUGGACAAUAAUGCUAAUCAACAACAAAGUGGAGGGAAACGCAACGUGGCUUUUGCCGAUGCUGAUAAGAUUAUGAUUGACGAGGCUAAUGAUAUGUAUGGGAGCUUUAUGUCGCAACAGAAUUCAUCACCUUCACCGAGUCAAUCGAAGGAUAAAGUCAAAGGAUUGAGGAAUAUAUUUGGGAAGUUGAGGAGGAGUAAUAGUGGUAAUUUGGAGUUACCACCAUCGUCGGAGGAGAGUGAAUUUAAACGAGGUGGUGCGAGGGCUACGGCAGCUGGUCGAAUUGAAUGGACACAGUCGAUGAUGUCAUCGGCAAAGCCGUACAGCGAUUGGAAUUGCAAUGAUGUGUGCAAUUGGUUGUGUGACAUGGGACUUGGGUGCUAUGAGGAGGAUUGCAGAAAAUGGCUAAAAUCGAAUUUCAGUCUUCGUUUCUUUGAGACCUCUCCCAUUGACAUUGAAAAAGAACUCAAUUUAAAAUCCCCAUUGCAUCGAAAGAAAAUCACUUUAGCUAUAUCUGAGCUAACUGGCAAAGAAGAUGAUGACCUAGCAUUGAAAGCUGGUCGCUUAGAUGUCUCAUGGACAAUGCGAUGGCUAGACGAUAUCGGUCUUCCACAAUACAAAGACACUUUCCUAAUGGCAAAAAUCGAUGGUCGCAUGUUGCAUCGUUUGACAAUGGAAGAUUUAGCACAUUUGCAUGUAACUUCCUGUCUUCAUAUUGCCUCACUCCGACGAGGUAUUCAAUGUAUGCGUGAAAUGAAAUGGGAUCCAGAAUGUCUAAUUCGUCGUUCGAAAUCCGAAGACGACAAUAGCAACGAACCGGUGGCCUUAUGGACAGCACAUCGUGUAAUGGAAUGGCUUAAAGUAGCUGAUCUAUCGGAAUAUGCUCCCAAUUUACGUGGCGCUGGAGUACAUGGAGCUUUAAUGCUCUACGAACAAAGAUUCACAGCCGAGCUGUUGGCUGAUUUAUUGAGUAUUCCACCAAGUAAGACUCUCUUACGUCGUCAUUUGGCGACGCAUUUCAAAGAGCUCCUUGGUCGUGAUACGAUUCAAGGUAAACGUGAUGCAGAAUCACAACCCGGUUAUCAGCCACUCAAUAUAACUGCCAAGAUCAAGCUACAAAAGAAGUCACAAUUCUCAUUGAAGCGACGAAAGAGCACAAAAGGCAGUGAAAUUGAAUGGACAGAUUUUGUUUGUCCAAUGACUUCGCAAAACGAACUAACGACGCCAGUUAAAAAGCAUGUAGAUGGCGUAAAUAAUGACAAUAUUAACAUAUCAAAUAAUUCAGCCUAAGAUGACUAAUUAAAAAAAAAUACAUUAAAUUACAAUAAGAUUGAAAAGGAUUUCACAUUGUGUUUUAUCCUGAUUCAAUCAUCAAUUUUUCAAAGUCUUCCCUGCAGGAGAUGAAGAAGCACAGCUACUUCAAUGAAAUAACACACCACUUCAAUCACUGCUGCAACAAAAGAACGAACAAUAAAUUUAUUAUUAUUCUUAAUUUUAUUAUUUCAAAACAACUUUGUCACGUCACAGUUUGUGUGUGUGUGUGUGUGAUUGGUAAGUUUAUUUUUUUUGCAUUUUAUAUAUUUUUUAUAUCAAUUGGACCAUUUUUUCUAUAUUAAUUGAAUUGUUAAAUAGUUAAGAAAAAAAGAAAAAAAUUAGAAAGUGUUAUAUCGAAGGAAAUUAUAUUAUGAACAAAAAAAGUGUUGUUUGUGUUUCUUAUAUUAACAUUAUUUUUUUUUAUUUAAAAAAAUUUAUGUUGAAAAUAUUUUAUAAUGUAACAAUUUAUAUAGUAAAGCAUUUAUUAAACACAUGCAAGCAAAGCAAGUUACAUCUUUAUUUUUUUUGUACACUAACUAUACAAUACAACCCGCACAAUAUUUAUAUAUCGAGUUUAUACCAAUUUUUUAUAACUAAAAAUAUGAAAUUAUAUUUAUAUUAUAUUGUUUCAAUUUGAAAAUAAUAAACAAAAAAAUGUAGUUGUAGUUAAUUGAUGAUAAUAGAAAAAAAAAAAAAAUAAAUUAUUAAAUCUAAUGAUUCUUUGAAAGAAUGGAAACAAAUGCUGGAAGUGGAAGUAGUUGCUUGUACACGAGUAUUUUGUUUUCAAAUUGUUUUUCAGUUUACUUUUAUGUUUAAUCUUCCUGUAUCCUUAAUUGUACUUAAAUUGGUUUAAAUCUUCAUUACGAAUUCCUAAACAGACCUGGCAUUUAUAUUUUCCAAUCAUUCUUUUAAAAAACAGUUUUUUCCAGUUUUUAAACUUUUCUCAAUUAUAUUUCCUUAACAUUCCUUUACUUCUUAUUUUUUUUUUUACAUUUUUAAUUGCCUUUUGUAAUUUUAUGUUUUUGGUCAUUUCUUUAGUUUUUACAUAUUAAAUCUUAAACAAGUAUUGCAAAAAUAUUAAAUUGUGACCGUUUUUUAUAAAAUUGUUUUUCGACUUGAGUGUAAAAAACCUUUUCGGUUUUUACAUAAGAUUCAUACAAAAAUCGCAGUGUUUACCUAUUAUUCUAAAAAAAUUACACAUGUGAAUUUAUUUCGGAGUUCGAGGCAAAUGUAUCGUCUUCCGGUAAAUUAACAGAAUAGGUAUUUUGAACUUGAUGUAUUGUACGUGCGCAUGCGUUUUUUGAAUCUAUAUCGACUUUUGGUUAGCUUAAAGAGCCAUAUGAUUGAACUUAAAAUAAACUGAUAAAGUAUACUUGUAGAUCUAUGAUUUGAUAAACUUGGCAGCAAUAAGUUAUUAUAGAGCUAGAUUUUUGAAGUACAGGGUUUGAAUUGACAAGGUUAUUUUUGAUAGCUCAUGCUUGCAUUGCAUUUUGGAUCUCUGCAGCUCAUAAAGCAACCAAAAAAUUGUAUAAUUUGGCAGUCAACUAUAACAAAUCAUAGUAGAAGAUUUCACCUAAGUUGUUUUUUGUUUGUUUACAUUUGCUAGGCAGCUAUACAUUUUUAGCAAAAUAAUGUAACAGUGCACCUCUUAGGAUACCUAAUCAAAGCUUUGAUUUUGUUACUGAGCAGCUGCGUCUGUUGCCGAAACAUUGUUCCUUUAUAGUAAUGUCUUUUCUCUCAAUCCUUUAGAUAUCUGUAUAAAUUAGUUUGACUUUUUUCCACCUUCCACGAGUUAGUUAAGCAACCAUAAAAAUUAUGUCAUUUGGCAAGACACACAAUCUACCUUCCCUUUUCUUUUCUUGAUUGAAAUACAUACGAAAAUGUUUUCGCUUGCAAUUAAAAGAUUUGUUUCAUUUUGUUUUAAAUGUCAAUUAGCUUGCAAGAAAAACUAAUUUGCAUCAGAAAAACAAAAUAAUAGCUACAUCAAACAUUUUUAUAAUAUAAAUUCUUUGAGUCAUUUCUAAUCGAUUUGUAUAGAAUUUGUGUUUCAAAAUGUAUUUUUCCUGAUACAUUUUACUGAUCGGUAUAACCGGUCCCUAAUGGUUCUUUUUACCAAAUUUCUUGGUUUUAAUGCAGCUUUUUUAUUCCUGUUCUUGAAAAGCCUACAAUUGGAAGGUUCUGAGAAGGGACACAGAUUGUUCGUAAUCAAGUAAAGUGGAGACAAUUGCCUGCAACCGCUGCUGUAACCUCUGAAAAAAAUGCGUUAAUCGGUAAAGUUUUCCAAUAACAAACCAAAUAUUCCACAUACGCACUAGUGACCCAUUUUGGCAAAAGUUUCAAGGAUACAGCAUGCUAUAAAAAGUACCAUCCGUUGAUUUUAAUUUAUGUACUCAAAUCGAGUAGUAACCCGUGGAGCAAUGGUUACUGCGAUGGAAUAUUACACCAGAGAUCUGGGUUCGUAUCCCGUAUGCCUUAAUCAAUUAUCCUUUGAGCUUUAAUAGCAAUAAUUGUUUAUAAGCGCUUUUUUUUCAUUAUUUUACGAGAUGUGAGU